CAACAACAAUACGCAUACAACAGCAACAAUGACAAUCCAACUCCCUUCAGAUAUCCCUAGCACCAUCCCAUCUGGGUCCAAGAUAUACAAAGAUGACUGCAUGUACUCGUUUGACACUGCAGAAAACAAUGACCUAGGAUUGGAUAUCGACCUCAAGACCUAUCGUGCUUACUCACGUACACCAAGUCACAACUAUACCAAGGAGAACUUUUUGCGUACUGGAAACUACCUCUAUUUGAAUAUCAAAAAAACGUUAAAGCCUCAAGAGCAAAGAGACAGGUUGCUUUAUGAUCAUAAUGGAAGAAGCAGCCCUAAGAUCCAGAAGUUGGAAGUUAAAGAUGUGAGUGAUGAAGAUUACUACAACACUACUAUAUCUGUCUACGAUAUCAAGGAGGAUAAAUUGCACCCUCGUGAAUCAUUAUCCCCCGAAUUCAAUCGGUUAAUUGACGAAAUCCUAACUGCCAAUUCAAGCAACAGGCAGGAUGAAAUCAAACAAUGGGAACAGGAAAUCUUACCCUGUGAACAUUCAAUUGAUGUACAACAAUUUGAGAUUGGUGACCAAUUGGAUUUAACCAAAUGUGGCGAAUGUGAACUUGGCGAGAAUCUUUGGAUUUGUCUUCAUUGUGGUGUGCUUGGUUGCGGAAGACAACAAUACGGAUCUGCAUUAAAGGGUAACGGACAUGCCUUGGCCCAUUUUGAACUUUCGCAACAUCCAGUGGCAAUCAAGUUGGGUUCUUUGUCGGCUGAAGCUGAUAGUUGUGAUGUAUACUGUUAUCAAUGUAAUGAUGAGGUUAAAGUGCCUAAUUUGGCUGACAAGUUGGUUAAAUUUGGUAUUGACUUGAACAAAGUAACCAAGACAGAAAAGAGUUUAGUCGAGUUAAACAUUGAUCAGAAUUUGAAUUACGAUUUCAGAUUAGAAGGAAAGGAUGGGACAAAGUUAGUUCCAGUGUAUGGAAGUGGGUUAACUGGUUUUCAAAACUUGGGUAACUCGUGUUAUAUCAAUUCAGUACUUCAAGCAUUGUUUACCUUGCCAAGUUAUCAAAACUUCUUUAAAUCGUUGAAAUUCCCUGACAAUGUAAACCCCGCUGACGAUUUGCAAUCACAAUUGAUUAAGAUCUAUGAUGGGUUAUUGAGUGGAAGAUAUUCCAAACCAGGUUCGCUUAAGGGAGACGAUUAUCAACUUGGUAUAAAACCAUCAGCUUUCAAAACCCUUAUUGGUGAUAAGCAUGUUGAGUUUUCCACCCAAAAGCAACAAGAUGCAUUCGAAUUCUUGCUUUACUUUUUCGAUAAAGUAGAUAGUGAAUUUGGGUUGAAACUAAACCAAGAUUUGAAAUUUUUGUUGGCUAAUAAGUUAAUUUGCAUGAAUUGUUCCCAUGGGACUUUGACUGAGGAAUUGGUUGACAAUAUAUCCGUCCCGGUCGAAGACACCGUUGAACUGGUUAAAGAAGAUGGGACAAAGAUUUAUAAACCAGUCACUUUAGAAGAUUGUUUCAGAAGUUAUACUGAAGAUGAGGCUAUUGAAGGAUAUGAAUGCGACCAUUGUCAUAGCAAGAGUGUCGCUGUCAAGGCAUGCGGGUUCCAAACAUACCCAAAGCACUUGGUUGUCAAUGUCAAGAGAAUCCAGUUAGAGAAUUGGGUUCCUGUCAAGGUUGAAGUACCUAUUAAGAUCCCCUAUGAAUUAAACUUGGAAGAUUUCCCAGCUCCUGAGUUUGGAGAAGGUGAGACUGAAAUUGUCAUUGAGCAGAACAAAUCUAGCACAUUUACUCCAGAUCAAGAAGCCAUGUCUACAUUAUUGGGCAUGGGGUUCCCUGAGUCAAGAUGUGUUAAGGGUUUGUAUCAUACCGGUAAUAAGAAUGCUGAAGAUGCCAUGAAUUGGAUCUUUGGCCAUAUGGAUGAUGCUGAUAUCGAUGCGCCAUUUGUUGAACCAGAAACUAGCAAGAGUAGUGAACCUUCAGAAGAUUCAAUUGUGAUGUUGACCUCAAUGGGAUUCACGCACCAGUUGGCCAGAAAGGCAUUAAUUUUAAACAAUGGUGAUGCGAAUGCUGCCGCUGAAUGGUUGUUCACAAACCCCGAUGACGAUGGCGUCAUUGAAGAAACAAACAAACCAGCAGUUAAUAUUGAAGACGAAAAGAAUGAAUUAUUGUCUCGAUUAAAACAAGGCCCACGAGGUAGUCCCAGAUAUAAAUUACAAUCGGCUAUUUGUCACAAGGGUGGCUCGGUUCACUCUGGACAUUAUGUUGUGUUCAUUAGAAAAGAGGUUUUAGGUAAAGAAGAAUGGGUGUUGUUCAACGAUGAGAAAGUUGUUAUUUGUGACGAAGAAAGUUUGAAUGAUAUCAAGGAUAAAGCUUACAUUUAUGUGUUUGAACAAGUAUAAACUAGUAGAUAACAAAAAUCCACCCAAUAAAGUUACUGAUAACGGUAAGCGAAUUACAUGUUAGCUAACUCGAGGCUAACCUGUAAGUAUUGUACAAUAGAGUUGGCAACCUGCAAACUUGCUGGUCGAAAAAAUAAUUAUGACUAAAUCUUCGAUGCAUGCCGGUUUUCAUGUUAGUCUUUUUCUUUUUUUUAAUUUUUCAUUUCUUGAAGUUUCAAGUUUCUUCUUCUUCUUCUAGUUCAUAUAUCAAACAUAUAGAGUAUAUACAAAAUGUUCAUCACUAACGAACACGUCGGGGACAGAACCCGUAUGGAAGAUUGGAGAAUUCGUGGUUACGAUCCUUUGACCCCUCCUGACUUGUUACAGCAUGAGUACCCAUUGACUCCGGAAUCACAAAAAACAAUUUUAAAAGGGAGAGACGACGCUGUCAAUAUCUUGAAUGGAAAGGACGACAGAUUAAUUAUUGUCAUUGGUCCUUGUUCCAUUCACGACCCAGCUGCUGCCUUGGAUUAUGCCGAACGUUUAUACAAGGAAUCUGAAAAACACAAGGGAGAAUUAUUGAUUGUUAUGAGAGCAUACUUGGAAAAGCCAAGAACUACUGUUGGCUGGAAGGGUUUAAUCAACGAUCCAGAAAUUGAUGGGUCUUUCCAAAUAAAUAAAGGGUUGAGAAUCGCCCGAAAGUUAUUUGUUGAUUUGACUUCUAAAUUGCCAAUUGCUGGUGAGAUGUUGGAUACUAUUUCCCCACAAUUCUUGUCUGAUUUAUUCUCGGUUGGUGCCAUUGGUGCCAGAACCACCGAAUCUCAAUUACACCGUGAAUUGGCCUCCGGUUUAUCCUUCCCUGUCGGUUUCAAGAACGGUACUGAUGGUACUUUGGGUGUUGCUAUUGAUGCCUUGAGAGCUGCUUCCCAUCCACAUCAUUUCCUUUCAGUCACUAAACCUGGUGUUGUUGCAAUUGUGGGAACUGACGGAAACCAAGACUGUUUUGUCAUUUUGAGAGGUGGUAAAAAGGGUACUAAUUACGAUGAAGCAUCUGUCAAGGAAACUCAAGAACAAUUGCUCAAGGCUAAAGUAGUUACUGAUGAAAAGCCAGGACCAAGAAUAAUGGUUGAUUGUUCUCAUGGUAACUCCAACAAGGAUCACAGAAAUCAACCUAAGGUAGCAGCCGAGGUUGCCAGACAAAUCGCCAAGGGUGACAAGUCAAUCUGUGGGUUGAUGAUUGAAUCAAAUAUCAACGAAGGUAGACAAGAUGUGCCACCUGCUGAACAAGGAGGUAAGGCUGCCUUGAAAUACGGAUGUUCCAUUACUGAUGCUUGUAUUGGUUGGGAUUCAACUAUAGAAGUAUUGGAUGUAUUGGCACAAGCUGUCAAAACCAGAAGAUCUUUAUAGUAACACUGUUUAUACAAUCUAGUUCAUGCAAAUACAAACCUAUUAGUCUAGACUAAAUACUUUUUUUUUCCUUUGUUUGUUUGGUUGCAAGUUUUUUGUGUGU